AUGUCAGUGCCUAUCAGCCAGUCUGUCGUCGUGCGGCCCGUUUCACCACCACCCACUGUAAUCCCUACGGACAAACACCCUCAGGGCCCUCGCACCCCCUCCAGCCGGCAGGCGACUCACCGAGCAGACCCCAUUCCCGAUGAACCCUGCCCCCGCCCUUCCCGUGCCUCUGCCAAACCCUACUGUGUUCUCCAGCACAGUGACCCCCAGGGCGGCCCCCCUGCCAGCAGCAUCACAACAACUGAGGAACUUGUUCGAAACCCACGUUCUUAUGCUCCACCCCCGACCUGCGGAAUCAGAAACUCGGGGGCUGGGGUCCCCCCAGAAACCACGAUCACACAGGACCCGACGACAACAGCCCGGAUGACAGCAGCCACGGCGACAGUAGCCUCGACACGAGUAGCCCAGACGGGAGACGGGACAACAGCCUCGAAGACAGCAGCCCCGACCACAGCUCCAACAUCAGCCUCGACGACAGCAGCCCCGACAGCAGCCCCGAAGACAGCAGCCCCGACCACAGCUCUGACAUCAGCCUCGACGACAGCAGCCCCAACGACAGCAGCCCCAACGACAGCAGCCCCAACGACAGCAGCCCCAACAACAGCAGCCCCGACGACAAACUGGACAGCAACCCAGACGGCAGAAACCCAGUGCACAUCAGGCCAGUGCACAUCAGGCCAGCCCAUAGAAACGCAGCCUACACAACCCCAGUCCGCACCCAUGACUCCUCAACCUUCACAUCCUGUGAACACCCCAAACCCCAGUGCAGGUCCUCCUCCCGUGACCUCUCCACCCAGCACUCAGCAGCCGGCUCCGAGCCCAAUUACUCCGAAGGGCUCAGGGAGCACUCCUGAGGGACCAAAAGACAAGACUACGGCUUCAAUGGUUACCACACAAGAAAAUCAACAGACCUUCAAGCCAGCCAUCCCUGGGACCACUGCAUUAGGACCUGCGGCCACGCCUCCUGACAGAACCACAGGCUCCAGCACUCAGGUGGCUCCAAGUGCACCCCAUCGCUGUAACAUCCCGUCUCCCACCUCACCUCUUGAGAAAGGAAGGAUCGAGUGCCAGCCUCUCGGAAGGCUGAAGGAGAAGAUGCUCAUCCUGAACGUCACGAAAACCAGCCGCUGUGCGAAGAGCCUUCAAGAUGACAAACUGGCUGCACUUCUGUGCCAAGCAGCAAAAUCGACCUUCAACCCAACUCAAGAUCAGUGCCAUAUACAGCUGGAACCUGUUCCAGAUAUCCAGUCAGUGGCGAUCAAAGAAAUCAGUAUCCAGACACACCUCCUUCCCGAGCACGUAUAUGAAUUGCUGAGAGACAAAUGGGAGGACCUGAAGGAGCUGGGAGUCAGUCACAUGCAGCUUGGGGACCAAGGACCACCAGAGGAGACGGAGGACCGAUUCAGCAUGCCGCUCAUCAUCACGAUUGUCUGCAUGGCGUCCUUCCUGCUCCUCGUGGCGGCCCUCUAUGGCUGCUGCCACCAGCGCCUCUCCCACAGGAAGGACCAGCAACGACUAACAGAGGAGCUGCAGACAGUGGAGAACGGUUACCAUGACAAUCCAACACUGGAAGUGAUGGAGACCCCAUCAGAUAUGCAGGAGAAAAAGGUGGUCAACCUGAAUGGGGAGCUGGGCGACAGCUGGAUCGUCCCCCUGGACAACCUGACCAAGGAUGAGUUAGAGGAGGAGGAAGACACACACCUCUAAUUAGGUCUGCUGGCGCCUCCGCCAGUGCCAGGGCUCCGGACCGAACCACCGCAAGUGCCGUUUGGACAGGGGAGGAGCACCCUUCCCAUCCGAGGGAAAGACUAGGGAGGGAGAGCAGACUCAGAGGGUUCCCUCCUCCCAAUCCCACAGGGCCUUAAUUUUUCCCUUAUCAAGCUGAACAAAUCACCUUCUGUCUAGAUUCCUCCUGUCAAAUAACCUAGUAGUGCCUGAGCUGGAAGAUGAGAGGAAGGGAGACCAAGAAGAGCCAUGUAAGGGACUUCAGCGAUCAGCUAGUAGAAUCCCUGCAUUUCACAGAUAAGAUGACAGGCCUAAAGCGGGCAAGGUCAAGGUCACUCAGCCACUGUGUGACAGUCAGGAUGGGUACAGGUUCCUUCCUUCAGUCCAGUGCCUGUUCCCACCACGCCACUGCUGUGAUCACUGGUGCCCUUCCCGCAGAGCUGCCCCGGGCAAGGGGUGAAGCUAACAAUCGAUAGAUGGGAUAGAAGUGAGAGCAGCAGGGCCAGAUCCUGUUUCAGUGGGAUUUGAUUACGUGCAAGUCUAGGUCCCCAGUUCUAGCUCCUAACCCAGCCUCGUCUGUCAGUGUUACCGUCCUCUGUUCUAGCCCCUCCCCUCACUCCAUUUUUUCCCCCACUCUGUCCCAGGGCCCUGGGACUAACACCAGUCAGUCAUGACCUUGAACCCCUUGUUGUGGAUUCUGGUUUCCUGGUGUUUGCUUGGUGAGACUGGGAUUUAGACCACACAGGAUUCCCAGUGGGAAUGUGGACUGCUUAGGGGUCCAUCCAUAGGUGAAGAGCAGGGGAAGCCCUUCCUCCCAGGAUGGGUCCUGGCCCAUCACACGAGGCACCUUUUGAAGAAGCUUCCCAAGUGUGCCUUGGACCUCCCAUUCCCACCAGGACUAAAAUCCACAGCAGCCACUGAAGGCAAAGUAUCCCUAUUUUGUUGUUCACUGCUUGGCCCAUGGGGGUGAAGACCCCGGCUAGGAAACCCCUGAGAUCCAGUGUGAACGGGCAGCUUUAGGAUAGACUUUCCUGGGGCCCCAGUCGGCAGAGAGGUGUCUGAACAAUUGAAGCCAGGAAGGAUAGGUGUUCCUCUCUUUCGUAGGAAACUCAGGGACUUUUCAAGUUGCUGACAGUUUUGUUGAUUCGUUUUCUAAUCCAGCCCUCUCCUGCCCACGGCCAAAGCUCAAACUGUAGGGAGACUUCGCUGAUUCCGAGCCCCCUUGUGCCACCGGUUAAGAAGGGCCAGACCGUGUGGUGUCCGUCAGGGUGCAGAAGGGGCAGCCUGGGGGGCUGGCUGGUGUCUAACCUCUCACUGCUCUGGCCUGGAAACUUUGCCUCUUUUCUGUAGUCCCAAUGGGGCUGCCCCGUUGUCCUGCAAUGUCUGGUGGCAUCUCAGGGAAAUAAAAUACUAUCUGUUCCUCGGUAGGGAGGGUAUGAGGGAGCUCAGCAGUUAGCUGCCACGGAGAAGGCACCAGAGGACUCGGCAUAAAUAAUGAGGUCCAAUCUGAUUUUCUGAGAGAGAGAAUCCUGUGUGGAAUUUUGAACUUUGCCCAUGGUGUCUGCUGUGCUUGGGCACAAGUUCCCUGGAACCAACUAGGGAGCUGGGCAGCACUGCUGAGGAGAAUGAAAAUUGUCAUUUCCAGGUGAAAAGCCAGAACCGCAGGACCUAGAGGCAGGCCCAGGCCACAACAGUUGGGAUCAAAGAGCCUCUCUGCUUUGCAAGAGGUUCUCUUUCUAAAAGGGGAGGCUCUGUGUCCUUCCCUGGCUGCCUGAUUCCACCUUCAGAGCCUUUUACCUUUGUUUGGCCUUGGGGCUCAAAGAGGGGCCCCAGUGAAUUUCCCAAGAGCUAGAGAGAUCCUAGGCUGACACAGAUCCAAAAGUAUUUGCCCUGAUUCUCCAGUAUGUAGAGAAUGGCAGGAUGGAGAAUAGUGCCAGUUUGGGGGGAAAAAAGAGAGGAGACCUUGUCAUUCUGGGAGAAAUCUGUUAGCUUCCUUCCUGCCCAGUAUUUGGUUCUUUCUACCUAGUGGGUUUCUAUCAUGGCGUCUGUGGAAUAGGCCCGGCUGGAUUUUACUCCUUUGCUAAUUCUGGGUCACGUUUCCUCUAGCCAGGCCUUUAGACAGACAGCAAACACGCCUCUGCGAAUUCACCAAAGGCUGCAGCCCCUGGGCCAGGCCUCUUGUGGAGAGAGGUGAUGCCUGGCCAGGACUAGAGCGAAAAUCAGGCUUGGUCCAGAGAAAUGGCUGUGGCUCUGUCUAAGGAGACCUGAGAAGCUUUGGGCUGGUUCAGAGAUUCCUUUCAGAGGUGCAUCGAGAUUGUAUUACUCUAGCUUUUUCAGGCAACUUCAGACUCCAGUACCUUGCCUCGGCUUGCUCUUGCCACUAGACAUCUAUGUCCAAAGCCAUAGUUAUGCUUCUGUAAAGAUCAUCUUCUUCCCAUCUCUUUACUGGGUUCUAAAUGAUGUCUGGUCAUUCAGAUUCUGAGGCUGAGAAAAGAGGAACUCAGCAUGACUAAACAAGUUGUACCAAAGAGACUACAAACUCUUCAGUGACACAUGGGUUUCCCCAAGCUGUAUCCAAGGCCAGAAACCAUGCAUCUGGUGAUUGGACAAAAUACAGUGCAAAGCAUGCUGUCAUGUGAGCAGGGAGGGAUGAGCGGCGCUUAUGAAGGAGGUACACAAAUGUUCUUUGCAUCAAGACAGAAUACGGGUUCAACCUAGACAUAUGAUUCUUUUUCCCCCUCUUGAUAAGGAAAGCUAGCAGAAAGUUUAUUUAAACCACUUUUGAGAUUUAUCCUUUUUGACAAUAUGCUGGAGAAACUUUGAAACACAAGCUCAAGCUGGUAUAGAUAUAAUAUACAUAUUUUUGGACAAUGUAAAUAAAACAGCCACAUAGUAAUCCACUCUAUUUACUGCUUUAAGUGAAUAUACUUUGGAAAAACAUUUGUUAGCUAAGAGAUGGCUUUUUUUUUCUCUGAACAAGAAUGUAAAUGUCUAUUUUACUAGAAAUGACAAGUUUUUGUUUGGUUUUUCUUUAACGAAAAAUGAAAUAAGAUAGGCUGAUGAUAAAGUAUUUGUCUUACAUAUUGGGCAUUUUUAUUUUUAAAUAGGAUCCUCACCCCUCCCAGCGAAGCCCCAGCCUAUUAUAGCAAGGGUCGGAGUGGAUAUGCACUGGUUAGAAAGGGACAUUCUAGUCACAGGGAGAGGGUAUUAGACACCUAGUCCAACUUUCCUUUUUUUUUUUUUUUUUUUUUAAAGAAAAAUCCUGAAGCCCAGAAAGAUAAAGUGAUCUGGCAAAAUGACUUGGUUAGUCACAGAAACAGGCUUAACUCCUGGGAUGGAAGACUAUCCAGGGCCUUGGAGAAGCAAUAAAUUAUUAAGGUCGGACGAGCUCCCCAGAGUGAUACAAAGGAACAGAAUUCCCUCCUCAAAUCUUAUCCUGCAAGCAAGGCUAGGGAGGGCAUGAAGACAAAAAGAACCUGACUGGUCUUCUCCAUUUAUCUCUGAGUUAUCUAGACCUAAGACUCAAAUGAACAAUUCUUUGCUGUCCAGACAACAGUUUGAAUGAGCUUUUCCAUACACAUCUGCUGCCAGGAUCAAAGGGACUAAGACAGGAGAAGGCAGAGGGGCAGGAGGAAAGCAACGGCCCAUCUUUCAUGACUGUCACUAGCUGAUUCACUGAGUUUUGGUGAAAAUGCAACACUGAGUGAAAGGAUGGGAUUACCGUUUGAUGUGGGUCUUUCUGGUAUGAAUGAAG